CUCCAAGCAAAAUAGCGCGCGAAAACCCCCUCACAAGGACCUCUGACACUCUCAUUUCUCACUUUUCAGUCUCUCGACGGCAGUGUUGGUGGUGCCGCUGCAAUCGAACAAUGCCGGAGCUUCCGGAGGUAGAGGCCGCGCGUCGGGCUUUGGAGGAGCACUGCGUGGGGAAGAAGAUAAAGAGAUCAACGGUAGCCGACGAUCCCAAAGUCAUCGACGGCGUCUCGUCGAGAGCUUUCGAGCAAGCGCUCGUCGGCAAAACUAUAGUCGCCGCUCACCGAAAGGGAAAGAACAUGUGGCUUCAGCUCGAUUCGCCUCCUUUCCCCUCUUUUCAGUUUGGAAUGGCGGGAGCUGUGUAUAUCAAGGGAGUUGCAGUCACUAAAUACAAGCGACAAAUCCUCAAUGAUAGAGAAAACCACCCUAUGUCUGCUGUGAAAGAUACUGAUGAGUGGCCUUCCAAGUAUUCCAAAUUAUUCGUUGAACUAGAUGAUGGUUUAGAAUUUUCUUUCACGGACAAGAGGCGGUUUGCAAAAGUUCGUUUGCUUGACAAUCCUAUUUCUAUACCCCCAAUUUCGGAGCUUGGUCCUGAUGCACUGACGGAGCCCAUGACAGUAGAUGGUUUCUGCAACUCAUUGAGCAAGAAGAAAAUUGGAAUUAAGGCUCUUUUACUUGACCAGAGCUUUAUGUCGGGGAUUGGUAAUUGGAUGGCUGAUGAAGUUCUUUAUCAAGCAAGAAUCCAUCCACUGCAAAUUGCUUCCAGCAUAUCCAAAGAAAGCUGUGCAACCUUGCUCAAGAGCAUUAAUGAGGUUGGUUUCAUGUUUGCAUUCGAUAUGGCUGUUACUGGAGAAGGAACUUUUAGGUUACGGAAAUUGCCGUUAGAGUUGAUGCUGACAGUCUCCGCUUCCCUGUUGAAUGGUUGUUUCAUUUUCGCUGGGGCAAGAAGCCGGGACAAGUUAAUGGUAAUUGAAAAGUCAAUUGAAGUUGGGGCCGACAGUUGUCAGUUCCCAGGCAAUUGGAUUUUCCAUUCUCGGGAAAAGAAGCCUGGCAAGGCUUUUGUAGAUGGUUUGGCUCUUGAACUGUGAAUUACUCUUUUCUGCGUGCCUUUAUUUAGAAAAUUGGAUUAAGUUGAAAAAUUAGCUAGUGCUACCUCAAGCUUAAGAAUCAACGGUUGUGCUUGGAUGCGAAAAUGGUUCUUAUUUAUCACACUUCGAAAAGAAUUUUACCACAAAUUUGUAAUUAUUUUUUUAUUUUGUUUUUGUUUGUUUUUUUGAAAAUACAUUUGUCACUCAUCUGCACACUUUUCUCAUCACGUAUUUACACAAUUUUAGAAAAAACCAAAUCAUUGCAACACAAAUUCCCAAAAACUUUUACUAUACAUAUACACUCCAAUUCCAAUUUCCAAAUUAUGUAUAACUAAACUUAUAUAUCAACUAUCAUCAUUACAUUACCCUCUCACAAGCAAUUACACUCCCAUACGUAUUCCACAUUAUUCUUUUUAAAAAAGAAAGUGAAGGAAAUGAAGGCUUGUCCAAUCACAACCUAAAUAUUUCAUAUUUCUUGAUAGAGGACAUCUUUCUCUUGUACCUGGCAUGUCUCACGUGCAUUUGGUUUAAGUUAACACCUAACCGUCAACCUUGCAACAUACAUGUUGCUGCACAACUUUUUGUUUCCAAAUUGGGUUUCCACAUUGUCUUUGUAAGAUUCCAUAAGAUCAUGCAGGUAGUUGGAAAUGUCUGGAUAAAUUUUUGUAGGUUUGAAAAGUAAAUAGAAAUUUGAUUUCUGCGUUUUAGUUGCAAUUUUAACGAUUCUUACCCUGUAAACUGGAUUUUUCAUCUGCUAAAUUUUAAAUGCUAAUGCCAUUUUCCAUGUUAUUAGGGAAGAAAAUUGAUUUCAUCAAUGCGGGCGGCAGAACAACUGCAUAUGUCCCUGAUUUGCAAAAGUUAACAGGCAAUCAAGCCAUGAAAGAGGCAGCCAAACCAUCCAAGAGUAAAGGCAACAGUGGUGACGAGUCAGGGGACAAGGAUGAGCCUAAGAAACCCAAAGUUGUGAAAGGGAAGAAGAAUAUUGCUAGUCGAGCCAAGAAAGCCUCUCCAAAGAAAGAGGCCAGUGAAAGCAUAGAAGAUGAUUCCAAUGAUGAAGAUGACAGUGAUGCUGCUGCUGCUGUGUCUAGAAAGACAUUUCAAGGUGCUAAAAACAAUCCUCCUGCUAAAGGCAAGCGUAAUGCGAAGAAUGGAGGUCAAGGGAGACAGGCGAGGGGGAAAAGUGCUCCCGCAAAGAGAAAGCACGAAGAAAGUGAUGAUGACCUCAGCAAGUCGAGUGACAAUGUUGGUGAUGAGAGUGAAGAAGAGACUGAGGGGAUGAGGAAUGCGAAACAGGCUAAGGCUGAUGUGUCGUCCAAGAAAAGGGCUGCAUCCAACCGAAGUGCGAAGUCUAAGAUAAAAUCAAAGUGAUGUAUUUAUCAACUAAUAUAUGCGAUCGUUUUGGUUUGCUACAUGCUACUUGUUCAUGUUUAGGAGAUGCCUACUGAAAACCAAUGGUUUUUGUGGAUUUUAUGAAGCUAACCUUUUUCUGUUCUAGGGGAUUUUAUAAGUAGGCUUAAAAUGCUUUGUAGUUCAUAUUUUGGGUUGGAAAGGCUGCAUUGUUUAUCUCGUAUGGUUCCAGCUAUAAGUCCCACCUUCACAUAUUUGAAUUUCAGUAUUCAUUGCGUAUGAGAUUGCAGUUAGUAUGCAUAUGAAGUUAUGGGGUCGUCCCCUUCAAGGUUCAUAUGGGAGAGACAAACUCUGCACAUUCUCUCUGUGGCUUCCUUUCUUUUUCUUUUUCGCGUUUCUUUCUUCCUUUUUGACGGAUCAUUUAUUAUGGAUAUGACAGACCUAACAUUGCAAUGGAUACAUAUAAUUUUAUCGUUCAUUUUUGUAUAAAAAAU